AUGUCACAUAAUGAAAAUGUAGUUAGUUUCGACAAUUUCACACCAGAACCUGUUAAUACAGAUUGGACUUAUGCAUUUAGCCGCUAUAGGAGCAAUUAUCUUAACUUAAUACCGCUGCACUUACAACGAGUUCGAGAUGAUAUAUACGAUAAUAAUUACGAAGAUUUAAGUUUAUUUUUAAACAUUGGUGAUUUGUAUGAUGAUUCUGAAAAUUGCAAUAAUUGCCGUGUCCGUGCUUCUUGCUUCUUAAAGUGCAUAAAUUAUUUCAAAAAGACAUCAUUUUGCUUUUUGUGCAACAUAUGUCACAAAUCGUUUUGUCAAUACUGUAUAUUAGAUAUUGAAUUUUACAAUGAUGUGAACCCUGGGUUUAAGUCUAAGGCCUGUUCCAAUUGUUACAUUUUUGUAAAGGAAAUAUUGGAAAACAAAUAUCCAUCUACGAUGGUUGAUUCUGCAUCUAUGAAUUUGGUGGAUUUACAAAAAAGAACCAGCAAAACCAUUGCAACAUUAGACACGAACACCAACAAUUUGACCAAGAUGUAUAAAAUUUACAAUAAAACUAAAGAUUCUGAAUUGGCUAAACAAAUUAGUUCACUGAGAGAUGCUGUUUUAAGUGAUAUAAAAGAGUUAAAUCGCCAUCGUUUAUACGCAAUGUCGAUGGUUUCAAUUGAUAAUGCAUCAUUCUUUAACAACAUGAAGAAAUCAUAUCUAAAUUACAUAAAAUUGGUCACUCAAAAAUAUGUUAAAAAUGCUCAUGGCAUUCUUGUAGGAUUGAGGGCUCUUGAAGUGUAA